AUGGGACUCUUUGGCAAAACGCCGACUGCUCAAGAAAUGGUUCGCGAAUGGCGGCUGCGUCUCAAGCACGAAGACCGAACGCUCGAGCGCCAAAUCCGCUCCAUUCAGGGCGAGGAAGCCAAGGUGAAGAAAAGCCUCAAGGACGCUGCCAAGAAGGGCGACGUCGACGUCUGUAAAAUCCUCGCAAAGGAGCUCUACCAAUCCAAAAAGGCAGUCAACAAGUUGUAUGCCUCCAAGGCGCACAUCAACUCGAUCGUCAUGAGCAUGCAACAACAACUCGCCAUGACAAAGCUGGCGGGCGCAUUGGGUCGCAGUGCACAGGUCAUGAAGUCAAUGAACGCGCUUGUGCGAGUGCCCGAGAUUGCCGCAUCCAUGCAAGAGUUGUCCCGAGAAAUGAUGAAGGCCGGUUUGAUUGAGGAGAUGGUCAACGAUGCCAUCGACAUUGACGACUCGGAGGAGCUCGAAGACCAAGCAAGCUCCGAGGUCAACAAGAUCUUGUUCGAGCUUACAGACGGUCUCCUGGGUCAAGCUGGCCAUGCCAAGGACGAUUUGCCCAGCUCAUCUCGCGCCGCUGCAGCCGAAGCCGAGGACGAAGAUGAAGAAGAUGUGGAUGCCAUGCGUGCACGCCUGGAAGCGUUGCGAUCCUGGCAGUGGCGUCGUGGUGGCGUCGUGGUGCCGGGUAGCCCAACCGCAACAGCAACAACAGCAACAACAUUGACCAGCUCGACUUCGACUUCGACGACCACGACGGCCAAUGUCGCAGCGUACGUCGAGCAGCUGGAGAACGACCUGCGGCUGGCGGCCGAGCUGGGCAACCUGCUGCUGGAACGCAACACGACGCUCGAGCGCGAGGCCGAGCAGGUUCGCGGCGGGAAUGACUCGCGCGUGAGGGAACUGGCGCUCGAGGCGUACGACCUGCGCAACCAGCUCGAGCUGCUCAAGGCCAAGCAGACCGUCGAGGGCCAGCAGGCUGCAGAUCGCCUGUGGGAGUCGGAAGCUCGCCGCAGAGACGCAGAGCAGGCACAGACGGACUUGCAGCAGCGCGUCGUCCAGCUGCGCGACGAGCUCGCCAAGCUCAACGAGCAGAAUCGCAAGCUCCAGGUCAACGCCGACGCAGCUGGGCAACGCGCAUCGGCGGCUGAGCGCAAGGCACAGGACACUGAGACUCAGCGCGUCGCUCUGGCCGCGCAGCUCGACACUGUCCGCAAGGAGCUCUUUGACGAAGGGUUCGGCGAAGGAAGCGAUUCGGCUGCUGCUGCGGCCAAUGCUGAUGCUGCGGCCAACGACGACGCCAAUGCUGCUGCCAAUGCUGCUGCUCAUGGUGGAGCCCAUAACGAUGGACUCGAUGCGUCCGGGUCGCAGCGGGACGACGGCGACAACGGGCGAGCCGGAGACGCGUCCGCAGAACUGCUCCGCGCCGAACUCGAGCAGCUGCGGACGGCCCUGCUCGAGCAGAUCAGCGUCGCACGCUCACUCGAGUCCCAGCGCGACGAAUACAAGUCGUUGCUGGCAGACCGCUCGGAGGCUCUCGAGCGACUCCGCGAACAGCUCAACGAGCAUCUGCUGGCCAGCGGGUCGCUCAACGGCAGCCAAACCCUCUCCGACCAGGUCAUGCCGUUCCUCGCCGCCGAGCACCAGGCCGUGCAGGAGCGCUUGCGUCAGCAGCAAGAGCUCAUUGAGCAGCAGCGAAACGCCCUCAACAACGCCGCGCAGCACAACUCGCCUGCGCCGUUUGCUCGGGAGUCGUCCAUCAACCCCGCCACCUCCAAGAUGGGCUCUCAGUCCGACACGCCCGCCGAUGCUGCUGCCAGCGUUGAUCCAGUCACGCCAGGACCCAGCCAACCAGUUGCCCGCGAGCUCUUUGCCGAGCCAGCCGCGACUUCCACCAUCACGGCUGCUUCUGCUUCUGCUUCUGCUUCCGCUGCUGAUUCAUCGGCCGCUGGCUCUUCAGAAGAGUUUACCCUCGGCAGGCAGGGUCGUCAAUCGUGGGAGCGCCAAUCUCAACAAUGGGCGUACAAGUCUGCGCGAACGAAAGCGCGCACCAAGGCGCGCGAUGUGACCAAGUGGCGAAACCAGCUCAAGCUCAUUCGUCGCCAGGUGUCCAUGGGACCUGCGGAUGGCCGUGCCCGUGCGCAAAACGCUGGCAACACCAGCUCGCCUGCCAAGGACCUUGCUGCCAGCGCCACUCCCACGACUGAUACUACUGCCACCACUGCCUCCUCGACUUCGCCGUCCGCUAGCACGACUACUUCUACGACGGCGACUUUUGAUUCCGUGGCAGCGUCGCCCGCAAGCUCCAUGGGCAUGUCCGCCUCGGCUCCCAACUCUGUGAGCAAGCGCAGCUCGGUCUGGUUUGCUGAUUUGGACGCCCUCGACCAGUUCGACGAGGAGACUGUUGCUUCCAUGCGCGAGCUGCUUUUCGCCAACAAGGACGGCGCCCCGCGCCAGCCUCCUCAUGCCACUUUGACUGCGAGCACUCAAACAGACGACGAAUUGUUGCCAGUCGCUGCUGCCGUUUCCAGUGUUGCUGUUGCGACGACGACUACUACCAGCAAGACCAACGAGCCGUCGCCGCCGACCGCGCGGCGUGCAUCCAUGAUGCGCACGACCCCUGUUGGUAUCGAUCAAGAUUUGCGCUCGCCAACGGCAUCGGCUGCCCCGGCCCCUGUCGCCGACGAUGACGACUCGUUGCUGUCGGCCGUCAUGUCUGCCAUUGGCUCGCAAAAAUUGGCCAGCAGUGCCCCUGCUAGCGCACCCGCACCAGCAGUGGCAGCAGUGGCGGCAGUGGCAGCUUCCAGUGAGACCUCGACCGCCCAAGUGUUGGACGAGACUUUGCUGCGAGAGUCGCCCCAGUUUGCAGAGGCCGUCCGAAGUGAGUCGGCGCGACUCGAAGCCGAAAUUCAGGCGCGUCUGAACGCCGAGCACACUGCAGCCCAAGCAGCGGCGGUCUCGGCUGCCAUCGCGGAGGUCACCGCUCGGCUCGAGGCCCAAGCAGUGGCCGACAGUAAAGCUGCUGCACACGCCGCAACAGCCGCCGCAGAAGCCAAAGCCGCUGAAGUCAGGGCUGCCGACCUCAAGGCUGCUGCAGAGACCCGGGCUGCAGAACUCAAGGCUGCGGAGGCCAGGGGCGCUGAAGCCAAAGCCGCCGAACUCAAGGCUGCCGAAGCCAAGGCCAAGAGCGCUUCGUCAUCCACUGCCACAACCCCGAGCGGUUCCCCUCAUACCCAACGCGCGGCUGCUGCUGCUGCCGCUGCUGCGCUUGCGGCUGCCUCUGCGGCUGAUGCCCUGGCCAAGUCCCUGUCGGCGCACCAACGCCGAGCCUCUACCGUCAGUGUCAACUCGAAACAAGUGCAAUCGGUGGGCGUCGAAACAGAGCCAGCAUCGGUCGCGGCCGGUGCCACGCAAACGUCGCCCGUUAUGACUCGCAAGCCCGCCACCACGGCUUCCGCUGACACGCAAACCACAGCUCUCGAUAGCGCUGUCACUGCCGCUGCCGCCGCUGACUUUGCCACCGCCGCCUCGGAUGCGUCGAUGGCCAUCUCGAUAAACCAGGCACCCGCUCUCGUGUCUGACAAGUACGAUCGUCUUGCCAUUCUCGGCCAAGGCGCGUGGUUUUCCAAGGCGACCAAGAGUGGCACCACGCAUCGCCGCUAUGUGACGUUCAACCCCUGGAAGCGCACAGUUACCUGGGCUGUGGAUGAACCCCAGUCUCAAAAGACCCGAGUCUAUCGCAUUCAAAACUUUGUGCCGUCCAUCACAGGCACUCGCUUCCCCCAGUUGAACAUGACCCAACUUGGAUUCACCCUGUUUGCUGCAAAUCGCGAGAUUCUGCUGCUUGCAUUAAGCAACUCUCAGAAGAAUGCUUGGCUCGAGGCGCUCAAUAUUGUCUUCCAGCGCACUGCUCCAUCUGUGGCGCUCGAGGUGUCACUUCCUCCAAUGCUGACCAUUAUUGCCCCAGUCAAGCCAACGGCCCUCUCGUCGUCUACAUCUGUUCUGAUGCCCGUCAAGGCUGUCAUUGCCAAGCCAGCCACGGACAUUAUGCCCCUGGCAGGAACCAACGCGCGCGGCAUAGAAACGGAAACAUCCGUCCACGGCCGGGAGCCAGAAGCAGCAAUAGAUUCGGACAGCUACAACACCCUUCCUAAGCUGGCGCUUGUUGGAGGUGACAAGAAGCUGGUGGCAGCUGUGUCAGACGACGAGUUUGACGACGACAGCUUUGUGUAA